CGCCACCCGGUAGCAAGUCUAGGCUGCAAAAGCAUGGCAGUUGCUGAAGCUGUGGUGCUUUCUUCGCCUUUGAAAACAGACGUAGCCCCGAUCUUAGACGCUGCAGAAACAGGCUCAACAAUGGCCAGAAAGUCUGUAGCAACAGCUGCGGCCGCAAGUAUUGCGGCCACGGCCAGAACUGGAGCUGAAACGAAGGUCACCAAGGCCCCUUUGGCUACUAAACUGCUGUCUCUCAGCGGCGUGUUCGCAGUGCACAAGCCCAAAGGGCCCACUUCAGCCGAGCUGCUGAAUCGGUUGAAAGAGAAGCUGCUGGCAGAAGCUGGUAUGCCUUCUUCAGAAUGGACCAAGAGGAAAAAACAGACCUUGAAAAUUGGGCAUGGAGGAACUCUAGACAGCGCAGCCCGAGGUGUUCUGGUCAUUGGAAUUGGAAGGGGAACAAAAAUGUUGACCAGUAUGUUGUCAGGUUCUAAGAGGUAUAUCGCCAUUGGAGAACUGGGAAAGGCCACCGACACACUAGAUUCUACGGGGAAAGUGACCGAAGAGAAACCUUACGAUAAAAUAACACAAGAGGAUAUUGAAAAUAUUCUACAGAAGUUUACUGGAAAUAUAAUGCAGACACCCCCUCUCUAUUCUGCAUUAAAGAAAGAUGGGCAGAGACUUUCAACUUUAAUGAAGAGAGGAAAAGUAGUAGAAGCAAAACCUGCCAGGCCAGUUACUGUAUACAGUAUCUCCCUCGAAAAAUUCCAGCCACCAUUUUUUACAUUAGAUGUUGAAUGUGGAGGAGGUUUUUAUAUCAGAAGCUUGGUCAGUGACAUUGGCAAAGCGCUGUCUUCCUGUGCCAGUGUACUGGAGCUGACCCGAACGAAACAGGGGCCUUUUACACUGGAAGAGCACGCCCUUCCUGAAGACAAGUGGACCAUUGAUGACAUCGCACAGUCCCUUGGGCACUGCUCUUCUCUUUGCCCAGCUGAGUUGGCACUUAAAAAAUCACAACCUGAAGAGGCAAAUGAGCAGGACAUGAACUGUGAAUACAUAACUCUAAGUGAGACAAAGGGAGAGGGUGAUGUAAUUAAGACAUGUUGAGACUGGUCUGAAGGAUCAUCGUUUCCUGGUUGACAUUUGAAUGAAUCCUGUGUGCAGAUACAGAAUGACAAGCUAUGUGCGAGAGACAAAUGAAUACUCUUUUUUUUUUUUUUUUUUUGAAUGAAGAAAGCAAAGCAUCACUAACAGUUUCUAUAGCAUAUAAUUUAUUUGCUAUACCUUACAUAUGGCCUUGCAGUUGUUCAGUUCUUUGCUCUUCUAUGGAUUGUUCUUUAAAGAUGUUUUUAUCUUAUUAAAAUAUGAAUUUGAUUAGAUUCAGGAAGAUUAACUUUCUGAGUUUGAUCUUGCUUCAGUCUUUUCCUGUGAAAAAGCUGAACAAAUUUUCUAAUGAAUGAAAUAUGUGACCUACAUGUUUUCUUUAGGUUCACAAAAGUAAUUAUACUAUUUUAUUUAGGCCUUUAGCUCCACUGUUUUGAAAUUCUUCUACUGUGGAAUAACCAUUAUUGAAUUCUUUAUUAUGUUUUGGAGUUUAUUAGUACUAAAACAUUUUACUGAUAAGGCUGCACACAUCUAGUAAUGGCUGUGUUUAGAUCGUAUUUUUAGAUGAACCGGAUUAUCCUGCUACCACUAGCAGGAUGUAAGUAGAAUAUAAUUAAUUAAUUUCAUCUCUGCCAUUAGAAUAGAAGACAGCUCCUUAGCAUUGUAUUCUGGCAGCUAUGAGAUAUUUUCUUGGUGAUUAUAUUAACAUAGUAAACUACUUUGAAUCAAGUUACUAAAUAACAUAAUUUUUAAAAUUUAGACUAAAGAAUAUUAUCCUACAGUUUUCUUCAUUUUUUUAGUGUUUAUUUAUAUCUUUCUAUAAAGCAUUCAUCUGUAUGAUGUUUCUUUGUUUGCUCUUUCAAGUGAUAUUUAUAGACAUGGAGAUAACUGCUCAGCAUUUCCAGCGAAUCUCUUCUGCUCUGAAUAUUUAAAAAGAAUGAUUCUCAAGUGUUUCAUUCAAAUAGCUUAAGAAAGUUCACUCUCUUUCCAUAAUUUUGAAAAUGUAGUCAGAUUACAAAAUGGCAAAUUUCAUGUAAUGAAAUUUUUAUAUUUUAGUUAUGGGAAUGUAGUAUAUUAUACAGCUGUCCUAUAGAAACACCCAAAUCCCUGUUCAUUUACUCAAAUGUAAUUUCAAAAGAAAGGCUCAUUUAAAAUAACCAUGAAAUAAGGUUUCUAGGUUUCUGUGAAUUGCCUUUUUUAAAGAUAUUUGCUUACAAUCUCAAAAAUUUUAUAAUAUGUAAACCAAAGUGGUUUUAUUUGUGCUUAAUCUAAUAUAAACUUAAUAUAAAAGUUAUACUUCUCAGUAGAGUGUAUUCAGCAUAUUGACAGCAUAUUGUAAAUGAAAACAUUAAGUUAAUUGUUAGGGUAAGAUAGAAAAUGAGAAGAAAAUUGAUAUCAUGAUAUAUUAACAUGCCAAACACAUAAAUUUAUAAGUUGAAAGUUUAUACUGUUACACAUUCAGUUAGUGUCCUACAUUUUAUGUUAACCAAAGGUUACAAUGGCUGUCCCUGCUUGUUCAAAUGUCACAGAUUGAGAUAUGACUUCCUUCAUUACCAAUUAAAGUUCAAAUGAGAAGUAUUUAGGUUUUAGAACCCAAAGAACUGUGUGCAUCCUGUGAAGCUCUUAAAAUUCUUGGGGUGAAGGACCGUAGAGGAUGAAGAAAUUAACAAAAGAGUUAGAAAACAGAAAGCUAGGUCAGGUGGAGCCCUCUCUCAGAAUGAGAAAAAAGGACUGCUCAAGGGCUGCAGUGCAUUUAUUUAUACUCUUGGCAAGUUGAUGUCACGUGACACCCCUCUGCCUGUUUGCUUGGAUUGCCUUGGACUCUGGAUUUUUUUGGAACUGGAACAUCUGGUAUAUUGGCUUACAGAGCCCUUCAGGGCUGUUUGUUUUUGGGAUCAGCUUUGUUCCAGCCCUGCACGUGUAAUUAUCUCCAACUUUAGCCACUACCCACGCUUCUGCCCUUUUCUCUACUUAAAAACUGAUAGGUUUAAUUUGUUAAUAGGGAAGAGUAGAGAUCAAAGGGUAGAGGCAAAUAAAUGAAAAUUUAUUCAUAAUCUUCACAUGUUAAUGCAACUGCAGAAUUUUAAUUUUAUAUUACUAGUUUUCUGUUUUUAUUGUUCAAAAAGUUAUCAUCUAAGGCAUCUACUUUUGAAUAUUUGAUAUUGUAUCAACUGUUUAUAUUUAGCUUUGAUAAUGAUUAUUUUCUGCAUAUUCAUACUCAUUUAUUUAAACCGUUUUUCUACUACUGAAUACUAGAGUGCCUUUCUGUUUGAUUAGGAUAAAUUCUUGGAGUGGGAUAAAGUGAAAUUAUAUCAACAGUUUUAUAGUUUAUGUUUGCCUCAUUGCAUUCCUGAAGAGUUGUAACAUUUUACUUUGGUGCCAUUGUGUAGAGAUUUUAUAAGCUGUUGCUAAUUAAGUGCAAGAAAAAUCAAAGUUUCUCUAAUUUGUUUUUGUGUGAUAUGUCUGUAUACUAUUUUCAUUUAUGCAAAUAAAUGUCUUAAUGGUUUUUUAUAA